UCAGACCUGGUCAAUAUGCACAUUUUACAAGACUCAGCUGCAGAGGGGUCCAUCCAGUCCACCCAAAUGAAGCUGAAGAGAGCCAGACUGGCAGAUGAUCUCAAUGAAAAGAUUGCUCUCAGGCCAGGGCCUUUGGAGCUGGUGGAGAAGAACAUCAUUCCUGUGGACUCUUCUGUGAAGGAGGCCAUCAAAGGCACCCAGGUCAGCUUCCCCAAGCCUGCCGAUGCCUUUGCCUUCGACGAGGACAGCAGCAACGAUGGACUGUCCCCGGAGCAGGCCCGCGGCCAAGACUCGCCGGGCACCACCGAGCCGGCAGCGGGCACCAAGGCCCCGGAGCCAGCCCCUGCCGGGGCGCUGCAGGAUCACCCCCACAGUGCUGACAGCCACACCACAGACCCAGCCCCAGGGCAGGGCAGCCAGUGUGACAGCCCCAAGCAGCCAGCAGGGCAGGAGAGCCCAAGCCUCGCAGUGCCCUCUGCCGUGAAGUCCAAAUCCUCCAGUGACAACAAGAACCGUCACAAAAAGCCCAAGGACACCAAGCCCAAGGUGAAGAAGCUGAAGUACCACCAGUACAUCCCCCCUGACCAGAAGGCAGAGAAGUCUCCCCCACCCAUGGACUCUGCCUAUGCCAGGCUCCUCCAGCAGCAGCAGCUCUUCCUGCAGCUCCAGAUUCUCAGCCAGCAGCAGCAGCAGCAGCAGCAGCAACAGCAGCACUUCAGCUACCCAGGGAUGCACCAAGGCCAGCUAAAGCAAUCCAAUGAGCAAAUGGUCAAAAGCUCAAAUUCUUCAUCAGCUUCUGUCACCAGCACCCCUCUCUCUCCUGUGAAAACCACCUUCUCAGGCCAGACUUGUGUCUCCUCCAUCAAGCCAGGCCCUCUGCCAUCCAACCUGGAUGAUCUGAAGGUGUCAGAGCUGAGGCAGCAGCUCCGGAUCCGAGGCUUGCCGGUGUCGGGGACCAAGACGGCGCUGAUGGACCGGCUGCGGCCGUUCCAGGAGUGCGGCGGCGGCGCCGUGCCCAGCUUCAGCGAGAUCACCACCGUCACCUUCCCGGUCACGCCGGCCAGCUCCCUGCCCGGCUACCAGCCGCCGUCCUCCGCCAGCCUCUUGUCCAACGGCUUCUACCACUUCGGCAGCACCAGCUCCACGCCGCCCAUCUCCCCGGCCUCCUCCGACCUCUCCGUCAGCGGCUCCUUGCCAGACACCUUCAACGACGGCCCCAUGGCCUCCCCGCAGUUCGGGCUCCAGCCCUCCCCGGUGCCCGGCGGCGCUGAGGAAAGCCUCAUGGGCAGCAUGAACGGAGGCAACAUCCAGCUGGAGCUGGAGGGGGUGGACACGGAGAAGGACAAGAUGCUGGUGGAGAAGCAGAAGGUGAUCAACGAGCUGACGUGGAAGCUGCAGCAGGAGCAGCGGCAGGUGGAAGAGCUGCGGAUGCAGCUCCAGAAGCGAAAGAGGAGCGGCGGCCUGGAGGAGAAGCAGCAGCCCCCUCAGCACUUCUUUGGCGUCCCCAUCAAGCAAGAGAACGCAGUGUCCAGCUGUCCCUUCGCCUCCAAACAGACGGCCGUGAAGGGGCAGGGCGGCAGCUCGGAGAAGCUGAGUAACUGCGGGGUGCAGCUGCCCCACGCCGUGAGCCGCUGCCUGGAGCCCGCGGGGCAGGGCUCCGUCUCCUCCUCCACCUUCCUCAGCCCCCAGUGCUCCCCCCAGCACUCUCCCCUGGGGCCUGCCAAGAGCCCCCAGCACAUCAGCCUGCCGCCCUCCCCCAACAGCCACUACCUGCUGGCGCUGUCGCCCGGCGCUCCGCCCGACGGCCAGGGCGGCUCCCCGCACGGCGCCUGCCUGCGCCCCGCGCCGCAGAUGACACGAAGUCAGCAGAUGGACGAGCUCCUGGACGUGCUGAUUGAGAGUGGAGAAAUGCCAGCCAAUGCCAAGGAGGAUCGCUCCUGCCUGCAGAAGGUGCCUCAGAUCACGGUGUCCACAGGGAGCGCCAGCGCUCCGCUGCCCAAGCCCUCGGCCCCCUUCGAGCAGGUGUCCUCCGCGCAGCUCUCCUUCGAGCACUGCCCGGGCAGCGGAGAUGCCCACCUCGAGGUGCUGCUGAACGCCCACAGCCCCCUGGGCAGGGUCGGCGAGAUCGCCCUGCUGAAGAUGGGGGCGGAGGAGCCCCACUUCGAAGGGAUGAUGGAGGGGUUCAACGGCAAAGCCGCCGACGAACUGCUCACCUCCCAGGAGAUCCUGCAGACCCCGCUCUCGCCCAUGGAGACGCAGCUCUCCCCUGCCCCUGCCGACGGCCCCGCGCUGCAGAUGAGCUUCACCGAAUCUCCCUGGGAGACCAUGGAGUGGUUGGACCUCACCCCCCCCAGCUCCGCCACCGGCUUCGGCUCGCUCACCCCCGCGGGCCCCAGCAUCUUCAACAUCGAUUUCCUGGACGUCACUGACCUCAGCCUGAACGGCAGCAUGGACCUGCACCUGCAGCAGUGGUGA